AUGGACAGCACGCUGGCACAGCUUCCCGCCACGCGGUGGGACCGCCUGAUGGCGGUGCUGGAAGAAAACGAGCCCGAGCGAGCGAUCGAUGCCCCCAAAAUCCUGGAACGGGCCAAGAAGCUGAACUUCUCCGACUUGGAGCUUUUCUACCUACUACUCAUGCGCUACCAGGAUAAGCAACCAAAGAUUUUGAUGGAGGUGGUGAGCCUCUACGCAAUGAUGAGUACGUGGAUGGAGUGGAUCGUGCGGGUGCAGCGCUGCCUGGACGCAAAGAAGCGCAAUAUAGACGCCAACAGCCCUUCCCAUACCGCCACAGGGGGGUCGGUGUUGAUGCACAAUUCGUCCGACUUCGCCGACUCUGGGCACACGUUCCUGUCCUGCUCCAGUAGCAACUGCACGAACACCCCAAUUUCUUCAAAUCCGGUGUGCAGUUCAGAAAACCGCGGCAAUGACUGUGGUAGCCGGUCGGACAGCGCCACCCAUGUCGCCCACAACCUCGCCUCCUCGGCCGUGCGCGGGUUUCGCGACAAAUCGGGUUGCUGCAGCUACUCGACGAGCGUCCACUGGUGUUUUGACCUCGGCUCUGACUGGAAGUGGGACGGCUCGCUGGACUUUCUGCGCAACGGAUGCGUGCUGAGCUGUCUCGUGGCGGAAGCCCUGGACCACUGUGGCAAGUUGGAGGUGCUUCAAGACGACCACUGCGUUCACCAAGGGGCGCCGAAUCCCAUUACCCACGAGAUUCUGUACCCCUCGCUGGCGGACAUCGACCGUGUCUUUAAGAGCGCAGCCGAGGACGGAGCAACUGGCGUCGCCAGCGCGAGCAGGUCCUUCGGUACAGUGAACUACCUCUCAACCCUCGACUUUGCACGUGGGCUACAGCUCAGCCGAGGUGACAAGGUGCAGCCCUCAAAGGCACUGAAACUGAUUGAGGAGCAAGGGAAGAACCUUGCAGCGGCUGAGCAGUGGGUGCGGAAGCUGAAUAACAUGUGCGAGCGCUUUCUCGGCUGGGAAAAGUCGGCGCACAAGAACCGCGCCUUCUUUGACCUCUGCAACCUUGACAACCUUGUACGCCCGCUCAACUCGGACGACGCGCGCUUGCUCUACCGCAUGCACUGGCUCGCCGUGGCACUUUACCGCGUUGUCAAGGACGCGUCCAUAAUACCGGCGCCACCGCGCAUGAGCUUCAUUGUAUGCCGCGACAGCCUUGGAGGACUGCCGGACGCAUCGGUGGAGGACGACGAAAUCGGCCUUUUAGUGGCUACCAAGUGCAGCUGUCUCCCCCCCAAAGCGCGUCUGAACGUGACCAUGAAGGACGUCAACACCAUGCAGCUGCUUCACCCCGACAUGAAGCACGGCCCGCGCAUCCUGCCGUGCACCGUAGUCAAAGACGAGGUAUUCGCUUACUUUGAGGAGCACCAUACCUUCAUCCCGGUUUGGUCGGUCUUCCAGUACUACCUCCAGCACUUCGACGGGCUGAACUGGCGCUUCGAGAUGAACCGCCAAGAACGGGAGCAAGAGCGACAGGUGCUCGGGACGAACUUCUCAGCCAUUCGCCAGGACCUCAGCGCCAGUGAUGACUUCACAUUCAACUGUAGCAGUGCGACGUUCGACCUUACAGUGCACAGCUCCACUGUUCAACACGACCGCCAGCGCAGACCACCAGAGCCUCCGAGCAACUCCCAGUGGAUGCGCGGAUUGACCACCGCCAAAUCCUUUGAUUUUUCGACUGACUGCAAGGCGUCCGUCACACUGCCCCCAGAACGUUUUCUCCAGCCAGCGGUACAACCCGGCACCGGCGUCGAGAUGGGUGUCGGCGUGUCGAAGGUGCGGCCAAACUGCAUUGCGAUUCCAUCCCCUUGCCCUUUCCCGGCAUCGGCUACCACGUCAAAGGUUGCUGGCACUUCUGAGAAACUGAACGCCACCCCAGCUGCUGGAACCGUCAUCGCGAACAACACCAACGCCGUCUCAUCGAGCACCUGCGGAGUUUCUACCACUGCCGUCACCAGCGCGUCAUCAUCGGGCAUCGACGCAGUCCUGAAUGCCGUCAAGAGCCCGAUUUCAGACUUGUCGAUGUCGAUGACGGUUGCACGACAGGCUACGGCGGCGCGCACGACUGGGGAGCUGGAGACACCGUCGACGCACAUUGCAUCCGUGUUUCCCCCCAAGCGACCGAGCGAGGUGCUUGACGAGCCAACAGAGGACACCGAGGCUCUCUCGCGCGAGGUGGCGGUGUGCAUGGAGGCAACGACGACGGAGGUUGUGGAGCGUGACCGCAUCGUCGACGCUGUCGCCAGCGAUGCGGCAGUGCCGAUGAUGUCCUGCACCAUUUCCUGCUCCCCUAGCUCGCAGGUGAUGGUGGCUCAGGAAGCGCACCAUCAUGGCAGCGUCGAGGCGCCUGAGGACGACGACGAUGCGAUCAGCGACGCGACGAUGACGGUGAUGGGCAGCGAGAGCCACGCGAUCAUCCGAAACUUCACUGCAGCAGUGGUACAGGAGUCGGAGCAGAGCGGCAUUUCGAUCUUGUCCCACCGCUUCCGCGUAAGCAGCGGCCCCAUUGGGAAGGGUGCCUUUGGUGCCGUAUACAGGGCUCUGAAUCUGGAUACGGGCAGAAUCGUGGCGGUGAAGCAGUCGCGCUACUCUUACGAUGACAAAACGGCGGACCUCAACUGGCGUGAGUUUCAAAUGUUGUCGAUGCUGCCGCCGCACGCAAACGUCAUCACUUUCUACGGUGCGUCGAGGGAUGUCGACACGAACCAGCUGCUGCUCGUGAUGGAGUACGCCAGCGGCGGCAGCAUUGUGCAGCUGUACCGUUACUUCCGGCCCAUUCCAGAGCCGCUCUUCUACCAUCACGCCGUUGGCAUUGCACGCGGCCUGAAGCACCUGCACGACCACAAUGUGAUCCACGGCGACGUGAAGCCGGAAAAUGUGCUGACGCGCUCUGACGGCAGUGUAGCUAUCUCCGACUUUGGGUGCAGCAGCUUCUCCUUUGUCAGCUCAGACACCGGCAGUCCUUCACUCCAAUCCUCCAAGCGAGGGAGCGGUUCCUUGCAGCUAUUCGGGACAGCUGCCUACAUGGCACCGGAGGUGAUCUUGAAUGAGCCACACCUCAAGUCAGAUGUGUGGGCCUACGCGUGUACGCUAGUGCAGCUGUGGCUGGGGAAGUCGCCGUGGUCCUAUAGUAAGCGCCGCUUCUCAGUGCUGGAUUCUAUUCCACUCAUGUUCCACAUUGCGAAUGAGGAGGUGGUGCCCUUCACGACGGAGCAGCUAGAGAGGUCGCCGAGGUGGUUGCAGUGCAUCGCCCGGCGCGCGUUUGAGCGGGACGUCAAGAAGCGCUGCACCAUGGCGGAAAUCAUCAACAUCCUGACCGAUAACAGCCGAGUGUACCGCUCGUAG